AUGGCUCGUAACGCUUCUCCUGGAGGCGACGAUGCCUUCGAAGGUCUACUAAAGUCCGAGACUGCGUCAAUACAGCAGAGAGCGGCAGCAGCAGAACGAGCUCGCGCACAAGAGGCACACAACACACAAAGGACAAUUGAAUUGUUGUCGCAAAAUCAAACGCUCCCAGUCACCAUCUCUUCUAUCCAAAUCCAUGGCGCCAGACAUACCCGCAAAUCAUUCCUCGAACCUUUACUCCAACCGCUCGUUGAAGAUAGUCGCAAUGCCGACUAUACACUUGCGAGCAUGAUGGAGCAAGUGAGCGGUGCCGUCGAUAAGCUACAUAAAUUCGACAUUUUUCACCCCAACAUCAUCUUCUACUUAUCCCGUCCGUCCCACCUCGACCCGUCUUCCUCUCCAACCGACCUUGAUGUCUCCCUACGUGUGCGCGAAAAGUCUCGCCUCCUUCUCAAAACGGGCACGGAUUUGGGCAACACAGAAGGUUCUGCUUAUGGAUCUAUGCUGUGGCGCAACAUUUUUGGGGGCGCCGAAUCUCUAUCACUCAAUGCUUCGGCAGGUACAAGGACACGCUCGGCAUAUAGUGCCGAAUUCGGUGCUCCGGUCAAAAGCAAUCCCAACCUACGCCUUAGCGUCGACGGUCUAGCGAGCAGUACCCAGAAACCUUGGGCGAGCCACGAGGAAGUUCUAAGGGGCGGGGGUGUUAAACUCAAUUGGCUAAAGAACAACGGAGAUCGACAUCAGUUCGGGUAUUCCGGUGCCUGGAGACAAGUAACUGGCCUAUCCGCUGAGGCGAGUCCUAGUGUUCGGGGCGAUGCCGGGGACUCUACGAAGAGCGCCAUAUCCUACUUGUUCCAGCGGGAACGGAGAGAUAACCCUAUGUUGCCGCAAAGCGGAUACUUGAUCAAGACAACUGCCGAAUUCGCAGGGUGGGGAUCUCUAGGCGGAGACGUUGGCUUCUCCAAGAGCGAACUUGAAGUUGCCGGAGCGGUGCCGGUCCCCUUACCCGGCGUUAAAGGGUCAUCGGGUGUAUCCAUCGGCGGUGGCCUCAGAGCAGGCUUACUCUAUCCCCUCCCUCUGUCAUAUGGUCUUAGCGGCGCAUCACCCAGUCGCAUCAACGACCGCUUUACCCUCGGUGGGCCGACGGACGUAAGAGGCUUCUCACUAGGUGGUCUUGGUCCUAGGGACGGUGGUGACGCUCUCGGUGGCGACGUUUACGCUGCAGGGAGUGUUAAUAUGCUCGUCCCCCUCCCUAGGACCGGGCCCGAGUCUCCCUUCAGACUACAACUCUUCGCCAACGGCGGCCGGCUAGUAGCGAUGAGAAACAAGACCAAAGGUGGCGGUUCCGCAUCUGGCCAGCGUCUGGGUGCCGGUGCGAUAUGGGAAGGUAUGGUUUCUGCAACGAAGGACCUCGGUACGGGACUUCCUAGCGUCGCCGCCGGCAUAGGCCUCGUAUACGCUCACCCUGUUGCUAGAUUCGAGCUGAACUUCAGCUUACCUCUAGUAAUGAGGCGGGGAGAGGAGGCCCGAAAAGGAUUGCAAGUUGGCGUAGGAAUCAAUUUCUUAUAG